UACCAGAAAAUGAUCAUAUGAACGAAAUGUAUGGAAACCUGGUAUUCGAGUGCGUCGUAGCUAAACUUCAGAGUGUGUUUAAGCUCGAUGAAAAUCAUCCCAAUGAAUCAGUGGAUGUUAAAAUUCAAGGAAACAAGGAAGCAAAUAAAUCAUUUCUAACCAUUGACGAGUGGAAUGCCCUAGUCGAGUGGGUGGGCAACUGGAAGGGUGAAACACCAGUGAUGCCUCGGACUUUAAAUCAACGAAUUUCUGAGGAGAUUGACGAGAACGAACUGCUGGGAGGUGACGAUGAGAUUAAGACGAAUGCUAAAGAUGAUAAUACGACAAGUGAUAAUGAGGAGUGUGAAACGAAACGAGUGAUAACGACCCAUGCAGUAAUUGAAACAACAGAUAAUUCUAAGGUUGUUCAGACAGAAAAAACUCUGGCAAACGAUGUGAGUGGAGACUGGAAGCCAAGCUUUCAAGCUAUGAGUAGAAUGCUGCAACAGCAUACUAAAUUGCUCACAACCGCUGUAAACACUAUUAAAGGGUUGGAACGAGUGCAGAAGGAGUUUGCGAACGCAAAGAACGAGCAAUAUUUGGUCCAGGACCAAAUAAACGAUAGAAUGAGUGAAAUAGAAAGAAACAUGGAACAAAUAAAAGACUGUAUGCAGGCUCAGGCUGAAGCAAAUAAGAAGCAGAUAAGGAGUGUUGAUACGAGAGCGACUUUAAUGGCCAAAAAGGACUCGAAAGUUAGGUGUUUCGAAUGCGGAGACUAUGGUCAUCACAGCUAUGAGUAUCCCCGGAAAGGUUCGGGAUUGCAAAAAUGCUACGAGUGUAACCAGUUCACUACGCACAAAGCCAAAGAUUGUCCCGAACGACUGGAACGACAAAAACGAAAUGCAUCACGAGGCAAUGGGAAAACGAGUGGAACGAACAGGUAUGGUUAUUUUAAGAAUUCACGUGGCUUUAAACAGGCCAAUGACAGACGACAGUAUCUCAAAAGGAAAAAUAGUGACAAUUCAGGAAACAGUGAAUCAAAGAAACCAAGAUUUGGGGCACACAGAGGGCGUGGUGGAUUUAAAAAUUCCAACCAACAUAGACAGAAUAAAAACGAAAAAGCCAAAGGAACGGAGUCAGCAAAGGGUGAUAAAUCAGAUCAGCAGGGU